AUGUUAUCGAAAAAUUUGUUUCGAUUUGUUAAUAAUUUAUGUAAUAGAAAAUAUCAACAAAUAUUUUCUUGUCAUGCUAGUACGAUAUCGAAAAUAGAUGGAAAUACAAAUGACCUUAAAACUGAACAAAAAGAAAAGACUAUUCCAAAAGAUGAACUUUUUUCAUUUAUUGUUCGAUGUAUGAUGAAAGUUGGUACACGUCCAUCACAUGCUGAAGUAUUGGCAGAUAAUUUAACUAUGGCUGAUUAUCGUGGAAAUCCAAUAAUUCUUAAAGAAUCACCUGGAACAGCAUUAGUUGAUGGACAAAAUUUAUUAGGACCCUAUGUUGGCAAAUAUUGUAUGAAUAUAGCAAUGGAAAAGGCAAAAAAAAUUGGUAUUGGAUUAGUUGCUGCUCGUCGUUCAAAUCAUUUUGGUAUUGCUGGCUAUUAUUCAUUAAAAGCUGUUGAUAAAGAUCUUAUUGGCUGGGCAUUUACUAAUACAAGUCCACUUGUUGUACCGACACGUUCAAAAUCGCAAUCAUUAGGAACGAAUCCAAUAGCAUUUGCUGCACCUGCUGAAAAUGGUGAUAGUUUUGUACUUGAUAUGGCUACAUCAACUGUCGCAUUAGGCAAAGUUGAAAUAAGCCAAAGACGAGGUGAGGAAAUUCCAAAUACAUGGGGUGUUAAUGCACAGGGUAUUCCAGUUACAAAACCACAAGAAGUACGAGGUUUAUUAGCUUUAGGUGGUCCCGAAGAAUCAUCGGGUUACAAAGGUUAUGGUUUAGCAAUGAUGGUUGAAAUUUUGUGUGGAAUUUUAUCAGGUAGUCAUUUUGGACCAUGGAUUCGUUCAUGGAAAGCAAGUACAACUGAAGCUAAUUUGGGACAAUGUUUUAUUGCUAUUGAUCCAAAUGCAUUUGAAGAGGAAUUUGAAAGUCGUUUACAAAAAUUAAUUAAUUAUUGUCGAUCAUUACCACCUUCAGAAUCCGGGAAACCAGUUCUUAUUGCUGGUGAUCCUGAACGAGCCCAUAUGGCAAAAUGUGACAAACUUGGUGGUAUUCCGUAUCCGUCAUCACAAAUUGAUUUCAUACAUCAUUUAGCCCGCACAUUAAAAGUCGAUAUACCAAACAUUCAAUAA